AUGGAGUGGGGCAGCGCCUCCGCCGGCGGCGGCCGCGGCGAUGAUGAGGAGGAGGAAGUAGUAGAGAUCGACUCCUUGGCCGGGGGCCCGGGGUUCUCGGUGGCCAUGAAGGGCGUGCUGAGCGCCUGCGGCAUCGUGGUCUCCGACGCGCUCGAGCCCGAUUUCCCCGUCAUCUACGUCAACCGCGGGUUCGAGGUCGCCACCGGCUACCGCGCCGCGGAGGUGCUCGGGAGGAACUGCCGAUUUCUGCAGUGUAGAGGACCAUUUGCUCAGAGCAGGCAUCCCCUUGUUGACGCAGCAGUUGUUACUGAGAUUCGGAGAUGUUUAGAGGAAGGGUUAAAGUUCAAUGGCGACGUGUUGAAUUUUAGAAAAGAUGGUUCUCCGUUCAUUGCAAGGCUGCAGUUGACGCCCAUGUACGGAUACGGAGACGGAAUAAUAACACACUACAUGGGCAUGCAGUUUUUCAGCGAUUCUGACGUUGAUCUGGGGCCGUUGCCGUUGCUGCUGCCGUCGCCGUCGCCUGGCUCUGUAACAGUGGAACUCGCGAGGUCCACAUGGAUUGCACCUGGCAGCAGUAGCACUGACGAGCCACCAGCUUCCUUGCCGGAGGCCGCCGGGGAUGAUGCAGGGCCGACGGUGGGCGAGGCCGCCAACGUGGAGGCGGCGGCGACCGCGACGGUGACCGGAGGAAAUUCGUGCGGCCGCUUCGAUCGUCGGGCGAUCGCGUUGCUGACAGACACGAGCCCACGCAGUGACCGUCGAGUGGAGGAGGAGGAGCUCUUCGGGUGCGAGAGGGAGUGUCAUGCUGAUAAGUCCCUGGCGACUCAGCUCCGGCAAGCUCGAGCAGAGAAACGACGCCCGCGAGGACAGGAGAGGUCCGCUACCGCCUCCAACAAACGCUUGCUUGGCGACUGA